CAUAAAGAAUUAGCUAAGGGCGGAUGUUGCGUAAUUCCCGUACGAACGGUUUGUUAUUGAUGGCGACGUCAUGUGAACUGUUAGUUUAGUCGAUUUAAUUACUUUGUGUUUGCAGUUAAUGGUUUUGAAACAGACCCUGUCUGUAGUCGUUUAACAAGGACAUUAGGAACUGACGUCGAAUCAGAAAUUUCACAUCAUGAAGAUCGGCAUCUUCUCCCUCUUGGUUAGAGCAUCUCUCCUCGCUGUGUCCGUUCUUGGGCAAUUCACAGAUGUUGUCGAGCUUGCCAAUAAAAAUGCCGACUUUGCUACCCGGUUGUACAGCAAGAUUGCUAGCUCAAAUGAUGAUAAUGUAGCCAUUUCAACCCUUGGGACUACCUUGGCCUUAGCCACAUUAGCCGCUGGGGCUAGUGGGGCUACUCGCACUGAGCUGCUAGAGGGUAUUGGUGUGGCCUCCAUGGAGAAAGAUGGAGAGCCAGAACGGAUUCAGACCCUACUCAAUCAGCUGACGGAGAUGACUGCUCAAAUCCAGGCCACUGGUCUCUUCAUGAAGCAGGACAUCAAGGCAGAUGACGGCUUCAGCAACCAGGUAAAGAAGUUUUAUAAUGCAGAUGUUCAAAAUGUGAAUUUUGCCAAUGGACAGCAGGCCAAAGGGAGCAUCGACGAUUACGUAAGAGGCCGAACAGGGGACAAGGUCAAAGAUGUGGUGGAGAACAUAGAUCCACAAAGCAUGGCGAUGUUCAUCAGUGCAUCUUUCUUCACAGGUUGGUGGCUGCAACCCUUCAAUGUUACCUUCACCCAAGAGGAGCGUUUCUAUGUGAACAAGUAUAAGAUUGUGCAAGUGCCCAUGAUGCUCCAUUCAGGCAAAUACUACCUGGCCUAUGACCCCACAUUAAAGGUUGGCAUUCUGAAACUGCCCUGCGGGGAGGGCAAUGCCAUGCUUGUCCUUCUUCCAGAUGAGGAUGUGGACUACACCUACAUUGAUGAAUCCAUGACUGGUGAAGUGUUUCGUGGAUGGGUUGAAAAGCUGAAAAAGACGAAGCUGGAGAUUCAGUUGCCCAGAUUUUCAUUGAAGCAGUACAACUCACUAAGUAAGAGUCUGCCCAGCCUGGGCAUUAAAGAGAUCUUCGGGAACACUGCAGAUCUCUCUGGAAUCAGCAGCAAUGAAGGCCUGAAACUGUCAGAGGUGGUCCAGAAGGUCAAUGUGGAGGUGGAUGAGACUGGAGGCUCAGUGGCCGAUGCCUCAAGCAAUCUCUUUAUGACCCCUCUUCCUCCCAGGCUCACUUUCAAUCGACCCUUCAUUUUUGUCGUCUACCAUGAGGCCACACAAUGCAUCCUCUACAUAGGACGUGUGGUGGACCCAACUAAGAACUAAUUAUGAAUAGAGAAACUGCCAGUGGUGUGUACUUAGUCUUAUUCCUACACAUAGAUUAACCUGUUGUUUUGCAUGAAUAACCAACUUAGAAUUUAACAUUUAUUUGUGUAAUGUAACAGAAUAGUGUUUCUAAUAUUUAAUGUAAAACAAAAAUAUCAGUAUAAUAUAAUAACAAUACAAUGUCUGAUAAGAAAAAAAACUGUAAAUGUAUAGUGUUUUAGGGGAGGUCGUGGUCUAAUGGUUAGAGAGUUUGACUCCUAACCCUAAGGUUGUGGGUUCGAGUCUCGGGCCGGCAAUACCACGACUGAGGUGCCCUUGAGCAAGGCACCGAACCCCCAACUGCUCCCCGUGCGCCGCAGCAUAAAUUGCUGUUCAUGGUGUGUGUAUGUUCACUGAUGUGUGUGUGCACUUUGGAUGGGUUAAAUGCAGAGCACGAAUUCUGAGUAUGGGUCACCAUACUUGGCUGUAUGUCACGUCACUCACUUUUCUGAAAUUGUUGAUUAAGGAGAUUUAUUGAUGGCGUGAUGAAGUGUUAACCACAAAGUAUAAUGUUGCAUGUGACAAGUAACUUGGUUUUUGUGCUUCUGGAGAUUUGUCAGUAUCAGCAUAGUAUUUUUAUCAGCACUGUAACAGGUUGUUCAAAUGCAACUCAUUAAAGCACACCAUAUUCAA